AUGGUUCCAGAAUUUCUGGAGUGCAUAGAAACGGCACAGGACAUCCUCUACCAAGGGUUUAUAGCUUCUGAGCAGAGUGGAAUCAAAUGGCUUGAUACCGUUUGCGCCGAGUUGCAUCGUCUCUUGCGCAUAGUGCACAAAUAUCUCAUCUUCGAUGGAGACGGACACGUGGGGACGCUUGAAACGUGCUUCUUGUGCAUCUCACAGAUCGUAACCUGUAUUCGAUGGCUAGAGAAAACGAUAACGCUAGAAUCGCAAUCGGAACCACAACUAGGACUCCCUCAAACGAGGCAAUGCUUUCUGGACAGAAUAAUUUGGUGCUUAGGGCGUUUAAAGGACGUGCUGGAAAAUGACGGUCCCUAUGAAAGCGUGACAGAUUCAAACUUUGUGAGCUAUUUAGAUCUUGCUCUUAACUUGAUCAGCCCUCUAACCGUUGCCAGCGAGGAAGGAUGUGUCGAGGAUGACUAUGAGAGAAAAUACGAUGAAGUCAUAGUGCAAAGCGGUCGCAUACGAUCGGUCGUUGAAGCUCUGAUAUCUCAAACGUUCGGCUUUUGCAACGUGCUCCCCGAAGAAGACAGGAAACUCGUAACUAGCUUUUGCCAAAAAGUUCUCAAAGAAUGUCUGGGAUUAGAGCGGGAAAGCAGCGAGAAGGAUUCCAGCAAUAAGAAACUGCGUGUUAGUGUUUUAGAGAGCGCUAUCUAUCAGCUGGAGAUUCACGUGAACGAAUGCCUUUUGCGGCUUGUAUACGACACAUUUGGUGAUACCGACGGGCGCAUACUGUCCGAACUGAGGGCAAAGAUGACCUCUAGCGUGUCCGAGGAUGAAAUGGACGAGCUUACUAAACCCUUCGACACUUUCGUCGAACGCUUGAUGCAAAUAGGCUUGUUUGCUAUUUCGUACGCUGACAACCUGAAAGUAUCAUCCGCCAUCCGUAGCUGUUUGGCAUCGAUCGAAGCGCUGGACUCAUACCUCAUUCCUUCGCUCUAUUUGAAAACGGACGACAACACGAUGCUGCUGGAAAGGCACUGGCUAGAAGAAACCGCCAACUUAUGCCACCACGUGCAUAAAAUUAUCGACAGUAACGCGUUCGCGUUGGCUCUGAUUGAGCAGAUCGAUGCCAAACUGGACACAUUUCGGGAAUGUUUUGACCUCACACAGGCGCUCGAAAUGGUACGCAAGGUGGAAAUUUUUCAGCAACAUCUGGACACGAACUCCUCCGAGAUGAAGCUCGAGGACGAACUGCUGCAUAUCCAUUUAGCCGAUUAUCGAACAAUGGUGCUGGAGUGUCGGGCGAUCGUUACGUGCGCCGAACGAGAUGCAACUAUCGCAUCGUCUCGCAUAAUCAAACGCUUCAGGGUUUUGUUGGGAAAAUUGCGUAAAAUUCAAGCGGCCAUCAGUAAUAACAAAUCUGCGAAAGAAGCGCUCUCGAACAACGCCGAUACUUGCAAAUGGGAAACCGCUUCACUGCCGGGUUGCUCUCCAAAACAGCAGGAAGUGGAAGCUUGUGUCCAGGAGCUGUUUUCGGUAAGCCAGGGUCGCUUAUCCGCCACUAACAUUCUCUAUCGUAGCCGCCGUGGGGAACCCGCAAAAAGUAGGUUGGAGGCGUCGUCUUUGCUGGAAAUUAAUACGUUCACCGAUAUCAUGAAUCACCGACGAAAACGUGCCGAAACGACUCCUGAAAAAGGUUCAAUUAGGAAAAAGCCGUUACGCAGAAACAGCCUCAGAAUAGCGAUGUUUAAAAAGCAACAACGCAUCCAGACAGCCGAGAUGUACGAGAGCAUUAAAAGUGAUGUAGAUUUGCAGAUCACAAAAAUACUCGACGAACUUACGGACUUAUCUCAUACGUUCUCACAAGCAGUGUCAUCAGAAAAGACUGCAUCUGAAACUCCACCGUCUUCGAUGGUGGAUGCAAUGACGAUUGAUCGUAAAUCUAUCACCAAUGAGGAGAUAGCAAUAGCAGAUAAUCAUAAGAUAAGAAUUAACAUAUACACUGAGCUGUAG